AUGCACCUCACGAAUCCAGAUGAUGUCGUCGUCACAAACCUCAAUCCUACUGAAGAUUACAAGACGAGUGUAUUAAGCGGCCUGAGUCCGAAUGUUAUAAUGGAGUGUGCGGGAAGGGCAUUGGGCUUUUGGGCAUAUCAGACCACGCAAGAGAUUGUUUAUCAUGAGUACCUUGCCAAGAACCUGACCGAAAAAUACGCAACUUUGAACACCCAGCUAGAUAAAAUCAUUCAUGAUGCCAAUGGUGAGAUUUCCAAUUUGCGAAAUAAGAUGUCAAACAUGCAAAUCGACCAAGAUAAUCUCAGACGAAAGAAUGACGAGCUCAUACAAGCUUUCCGAGAGAAGAGCAGAAAGCAAUUGCAGACACAAGAACUAUAUGAUAAGUUGAAACGACGGGCCAUGCUUGGCCAAGUACAGAAUGCUGCCUCUGAUGCUGUAGACCAUACCAUCCAAGCGUCGGUCACUGCCAAUCGACUCAUAGAUAGACUCAGUGACCAAAACCAGCAGCCAUCUCAGCCUCCUCUCUAUCAAGCUGCUGGUGUGCAGCAUUCCAAUGCAAGUCCCGUUGGCAGGAUAAAUACGGGCCAUUCCAGGAACGACGAUGGUACUUGGGGUAGAUUCCGCAGCCAGGAAAGUGUACAACAAAACCAAUCUAUCCAAACGCCUUCGACCCAUCGACAGCGACUAGCAUUAGGAAAUGUCCCCACACCACGUAUCGGCCUGGCCCAACUUCAACCAAACGGCAUUUCAGGAACUCCGAUGCCUCAUAGAAGCCCUGUUGGUCGGCCACCACUUUCGAACCUCAACGUCAACAAUCCUGCAGGGUCGGGUUUUGCUGGCUACGGUAUGAGUGCUGGACUAAAAGUCAGUAACCCGGCAGGGACAGCCGCGAACGGAUAUGCAAAGCCUGUUAUUAGAUCGAGAGUUGCACAGCGGCCAGGGUCUGGGUUUCCAGCCAACCCCGCAUUGGGACCCUCUUCUACAGGCAACAUGUUCUCGAAUAGGGAUGGCUACUAUUGA